AUGCCCGACACUUCUGUGGACAUUCUUGUCAUUGGGGCUGGACCAACCGGCCUAGGUGCUGCGAAAAGAUUAAAGCAAAUUAAUGGCCCAUCAUGGUUGAUCAUCGAUUCCAACGAAACUCCCGGCGGUUUGGCCUCGACAGACGUAACGAAAGAGGGCUUUCUAUAUGAUGUUGGCGGUCACGUCAUCUUCUCGCAUUAUAAAUACUUCGACGACUGCAUCGACGAAGCCUUGCCUAGAGAAGACGAUUGGUACACGCAUCAGAGGAUUUCUUACGUCCGAUGCAAGAACCUCUGGGUACCUUAUCCCUUUCAGAACAACAUUUCCAUGCUGCCGAAAGAAGAGCAAGUGAAAUGCAUGGACGGCAUGAUAGAUGCGGCAUUGGAAGCGCGGGUAGCAAAUACAAAACCAAAAGAUUUCGACGACUGGAUUGUGCGAAUGAUGGGCACUGGCAUCGCGGAUCUGUUCAUGCGCCCCUACAACUUCAAAGUUUGGGCUGUGCCAACAACAAAGAUGCAAUGUCAAUGGCUUGGUGAACGGGUAGCCGCUCCAGAUCUCAAGACAGUGACCAAGAACGUUAUCCUCCAGAGAACAGCCGGGAAUUGGGGGCCAAAUGCAACGUUCCGCUUCCCUGCUCGCGGCGGUACAGGAGGUAUCUGGAUAGCAGUGGCUGAUACGUUACCUCAAAAGAAUACUAGAUUUGGCGAGCACGGAACCGUGACCAAGGUGGAUGCAGACAAGAAAAUUGUGCAUCUGCAAGAUGGUAAGACAAUAGGAUAUGAAAGAUUGAUCACAACUAUGGCAGUUGACUCGCUGGUGGAGCACAUGGGUGACGAGGAAUUAAUCAACCUCAGCAAGGGUCUAUAUUAUUCCUCGACCCACGUCAUAGGUGUUGGCAUUCGAGGAGAACGCCCAGAACGAAUUGGCGACAAAUGUUGGCUUUAUUUCCCCGAAGAUGACUGUCCUUUCUACCGUGCCACGAUCUUCUCGAAUUAUUCACCAAACAACCAGCCCCCAAAAUCCGCCAAACUACCAACGUUGCAACUGGCCAAUGGCUCGCGUCGGAACAGCAUGCAACCCAAGGAAGGUCCUUAUUGGUCGAUCAUGCUCGAGGUGUCAGAAUCAAGUAUGAAGCCUGUUGAUGAGAAGAAUCUUCUCAAAGAUUGCAUUCAGGGUCUGUUGAACACCGAAAUGUUGAAGGCAACGGAUGAGAUUGUCAGCACCUACCAUCGGCGCUUCGAUCACGGCUACCCAACGCCAUCCCUGGAGCGUGAAGGUGUUCUCAAAGUCCUUCUCCCUAAAUUGCAGGAGAAGGGCAUCUACUCCCGUGGUCGCUUCGGUAGUUGGAGAUACGAGGUUGGCAACCAAGAUCAUAGUUUCAUGCUUGGUGUCGAAGCCGCAGAUAAUAUCGUCAAUGGUGCUGCAGAACUCACGCUCAAUUAUCCCGACUUUGUCAACAGCAGACAGAACAACGAGAGAAGACUGGUUGAGGGCAUGCAGCUGCUAGGACAGAAGACCAUGAGUCAGAAGCAAACUAACGGCAAUGUUGUUGUUGGACGCAGAAUGACGGGAGGGAAGGCAGAGCUUGGUGGCAGAUUGGAAACAUCUUCAAUGCGCGACGGAGAGAAGGUUGAUGUCCAUGUCGAGAACAGCCAAGCAUUGCAUUCUAGAUGA